ACCAACAAAUCAUGCCGCCCUCACCCCUCCAACAGCGGCGUGCGCACAACACGCUCCUCUUCCAAAAGCUCCUCAAUUUACGAGAGGGCGCCAGUCCCUUCACCCUGGUGCUCGAUACGCUGGAGCAAAGCGGGGCGCCGCUCAUCGCCGAGUUCGUCAGGCGGGCCAAGGUGUCGAAGAGCAAGAUCAUUUUCGUAUCCUUCUCUACAUUGCGCAAGAAAACCCCUUUCCAAACUGAUCUCUUCAUCUCCGCGCGUGGCAAACCGCUGGCUGCGCUCCGCUCCGCCAUCGUUUCCCACAUCCCGCCCCCUGCCUCCAGCGCCGCGGCGGGCCCCCCUACAAGAAUCCUCAUCAUCAUAGACACCCUCAACCCUCUCAGCACAACCCAUCCCGCCCACCUCUCCCCCUUCCUCUCCAGCCUCCUCCUCGCCCCCCACAUCUCCCUCCUCGCAACCUACCACCUCGACAUCCCUAUCUCCCCUUCCCCCUACCAUCCAGACCCCCUCACCACCCUCACCUACCUCGCCACUGCCCUCCUCCGCCCUGAGCAGCUAGCCCACGUGCUCGCGCGAAAACGCGCCCGCGACCGUUCCCUCGCCGAGCCCAUCUUCGGCCUCUCCGAACACCGCGAGGGCGCCCUCGUCUCGCUCUCUAAACCCGGGGAGCGCGGGCUCGUCGUCGUGAUGGAAGUGCGCCGGAAGAGCGGCCGCGGCGUGCGCGAGGUCUUCGUCUUCUCGCCAACCACUAACAUCACGUUGCUGGAUGAUCAUCCGGCGUAUGCGCUUCCGGAGACGGGGAAGCCCGAGGAGGAGGAGGGAGAGCAGGAGGUCCAGACUACGUUUAAUUUGGGAUUGACCGAGAAGCAGAGGAGGGAUAGGGAGGCGGUCGUCUUGCCGUAUUUUGAUGCCCAGAAGGAUGGGGGUGGCAUGGGGCCCGGUGAGGGUGGGAGGAUUCUGUAUGAGAUGGGGGUGGAGGAUAGGGAGGACUUUGAUGACGAGGAGGAUGAGAUCUAGUGCAGUAGCAUGAGCCCGUGAUUGUUGGGACUAGGGAUAGCUUUUGAUAUCAGAUAAAGCAUAGUGAAUUCUUAUCUCUUG